AAACGCCAUUAUCGAGUGAAGGUCGCUACUCGCUGUAGCGCUCGAGAUCCGCUCGAUGCUUCAUUCGCCGAUCGCCAUCUUGUUGUCUUCAUCACGAUAACAAGAAUCGAUGCGUUUUUUACUCGGUUACGAUUCUAAUAAUCAUCAUUUAAUUCGGCGGCAAAGUGAUCUGUGACCGGGAAUCGAUAUGAAGAAAACGUCUUCUCUGGUUUGGCGGGUUUUCGAUCGAUUAGAGGAGAAUAAACGUUGCGUUGCAGUGUUGUGCAAAUUAUGCGAUUCGCAAUACAAAUAUUUCGGUAAUACGACGAAUUUACGAACGCAUUUGGUGAAUAAACAUCCGAUUCAGUGGGAGUUGCUCCAGAAUGGAACCUUGGACGACUCUAAUAUCCGCGUGUACGACGUCGAUGAGAGCACAAGCCAAAGCCAAAGUCAUAGUACGCCCAGGCGGAAGAGAUUCAUAAAAUCCUACAAAGACAAUAACGUACGUUACUCCGUAUCUGUUGAUCUUAAUAAAAAAGGAAAUGACCGAAACCCCUCCAACUCAAUGCCAGUUAUAGAAAUACAACGGGUUGAUGUGUUAGAAAAUUCAGAAACAGAGAAUGAAACCCAGUUGGAAAGCAACGAGGAACCUUUGACCAUAGUGCGGCAGAUGCAUGCAGGUCAAGCUUCCGAUGAAGAGUGGCUCAACGAGGAAGUCUAUGAAGAAUACCAACCCAAGCGAAAGAAGACCAAGUACAGGACAAUCAAAAGAGAAGUUUUAUCACCACCUCCCAGUAAUUCCAAAUAUAGACUGUUGGAUCCACACGGUUAUACCAAACAGAGUCAUGGGUAUUCCAAACCUGCACCAGAGCGAGUGCUGGUUGAUAGCAGUCACAGGAAAGACGAAUAUUCAGUGUUUGGAGAAUAUGUGGGUAACAGACUGCGUAAAUUCAAAAACUCUCAAGUGCGAGGCAAUUUACAGCAGUUGAUUACCACUAUACUCUGGCAAGCCGAGUAUGGACUGUAUGAUAAUAUUGAAACAGUGAAGAGGGUAAUAUUACAUUCUGUGCAAGAGAUGGUAGUGGAACAAACCACAGAGCAAAUUGUUGUGCAAGAGGAAGACAUACAACAAAAAGAAACUAUUAUUAACUCUGAGGAAAACUAACUAAACCAAAGAAUCUAUUUCUUAAUUAUGUAUUCAAUUAUGUAAAGACAUUUGUUUAAAAUUAAUAAAUCACCAAAUAAAUA